AGCAGCCUUCAGUUCGUAGCUGGCAGUAGAAGGAGGAGGAGCUCCCACUACAUUCUGUCACUUGUGCCUCUUGGACUUUUUUGUGUGUUUAGGUGCCCAAUGGGGAGCAAACUGACUUGCUGCCUGGGCCCCAGCGGUGGCCUCAACUGUGACAGCUGCAGGCCAGAUGUGGGACCCUGCCAUGAGUGUGAGAUUCCUGAGACUGUGGCAGCCGCAGCACCAGCAUCCACCACUGCAAAGCCUGCCAAAUUGGAUUUGAAAGCCGCGAAGGCCCAACACAUGCAGUACCUCAGCCUCCCGAAGACGCCGAAGAUGCCAAAGAUGCCCAAAGGUUUGGACGCCCACUCCAAGCGCUGGUUAAAAAUAAUAUGGAGACGGCACGGAAUUUGGCCUCUAGAAAAUAUAGGUCCCACUGAAGAUGUGCAGGCAUCUGCACACAGCGGUGUGGAGGAGAAUAUAACGUCAGAUAUUGAAAUAUCUGAGGCCGAGCACGACCACCAUUUGGUCAAAGAUCUCAAUGAAGGCUCAUCUGUCUGUCUUGAAGACCUCGUGACACAGGAGAUGGCAAAGGAGAGAUGCGAAGAUUACCUCUGCUGGGUUAAAAUGGCACAAUCUCGGCUCAAUGAACCCAUCAGCUCCCAGGUUCGAGGACUUCUCCGGCUUCCGUGUCCCGAGUAGCUGGGAUUACAGAUGCCUGCCAUCACGCCCAGCUAAAAUCAUUUUAUGAAUGCAUAUUUCCAUCUGGGUGAAAAAAAAUCAUAAGCCUCUCUCCCUUCCUACUGAGCACCUGUGAACAGUGACCUGCAGUUUGUGGCUGCAGCCAGUCCUCAUGGAGCCUGGUGUUCCUACAUUUCAUUCUGAGGCUCACAUUCUCAGUCACUCUGCAGGAGAACACCCGCCCCAUACUGGGUCAUUACAGAGUGGGCCAAUCCAUCUGCUGCAUCUGAGGAGCUGGGUCCAGCUUCUACGGUGAAUCCAUAUAUUUCUGUAUUUCCUGGAUAAGGAAGAGGAAAGGAGCUGAGCUGGUGGAGGAAGAAGAGCUAAUAUUAACUGACUCCUUAUUUUGUACCAGGGUGAGAAAAUGAAGGCUCAGAAAGGUUAUAUUACUUGCCCAAGAUCACUCAGCUGCUAAGAGCCAGGAUAUGAAACAGAAGUUUUACAUUAGAAGGGUUCAAAUUUAUUUUCAAUUUCCCUGCUCCAUUCUGAAUAGGAUUCAUGCAUUUUAUCGUCUUCAAAGUAAAAAACUUUAAGAGCCAGGAAUCUGCCACACUGACUCUCAACUUAAAUCUCAGCCACUUUUACCUUAAAAUUCAGACUUGUGUAGACAUCUCUAGAAGACUUGGUGGACUAAUCUUUAAGAGUUCGUUUGCAUGAGGGAGGAAGAGGAGCCCAAAUUUGGACCAAAGACAUGCCUAGAAGUCGGAGCAGGAGGGUCAGCAGGAAGUCUGUUUCUUAGAGUUCCUCCAGCCCAGUCUGAGUGGUAGAAAUCAGGAACUGAAAAUAAAUCUGAAAGUUGUUUGAAAUCAUGAAAAUGUGGACCCACAUGCACAACACAGUACAAGUGUCACUGUUUUUGAAUUCCUGGCCUAUAGUGAUCCUCUCACCUCAGCCUCCCGAGUCAUGUCAUUCAUCUAACAGAAAGGAAGAAAAAAUCCCACCACCACCAUACACUUCACAUAAAUCACCUCUUUCCUCCCUCAUCACAGCUGUACCGGAAGGCCAGUUGAAUAUCCUACUUAGAUAUUGUGGGAUGGAGAGGGUACAGAAAAGAAUGAACCCAGAUUUUGACCUCCUGAAUGGAAGAGGCAAACAUGAACCCAGAAAUGGGUCCCAGUGUUGAUGCUCUGUGUUACUCAACUGUGUCACUCAGGCAUGAGAUAAGGUGUCCCCACACCAGGGAGUUCCAGCACUUAUGUGUACACUUGAAACCGUAAUGGCCUAUAAAGCAUGCCAAACAUUGACCAUCAUCCAAGGGGGCCUCAGUGGUCACAUAACCCAGGGUAGCAAAAGAUACUGGAACAGCAGGCGUUAACAUGGGCAUUACUGUGAAAUACACAUAGAAAGCCCACAGGCUUUUGGUCAGCUCACAGAUUCUGAGAAGUGUAAGAUACCACAUAGAACAGUGCACAUCAACAUCUGUUAGAGCUGGGGUCAUUCCUCAGCACUUGGUCAAAGCAGGGGAAAAUCAGGAAGAUAAUUGUAUUGUAUUUAAUAACAAGACCACCUCAAGCCUCAGAAAUGCUCCAAUCUAUAGCAGACAGACAAGGGCCAGUGCCACAUCAGAAUGCAGAGGACAACGUUGUUGUUAGCCUGGCGCCCAUCACCCUCAUUGGAGACCUCCUGCAUAGCUAGCGUAGUGAGGCUCAGCACUCACCAUGUGCUGAUCCCCAUGAUGGACCGUCUCACUGCCGGGGGCUGGUGGGAACAUGAACAGCCACUGACUCAAUGGACGCACAGACAGUGUAAAGAAAGGGAAGACCAGAAAGAGAAAUAUCACAGGGUUAGCACUCACUAUCUCUAAAUAAUAGGGAAAUGCAGCAUUUUAAGAGCUUUUUUUAUUUGUCUUUGUAACAAAAGAUUAGUAAAGAUAUAAUACAAUUAUUUUGCCUACCAUUCUUUCAAUAAAUGAGUAGAGUGACAGUCAGUGCACUGGUGCUGCUUAGGAAUCCCAUGAGGAGCCUUGGGGGAUGUGGACCGGGGCUGGAGUGUAUGGAGGUCGGUGGUUGACAAGCAGGGACUGAGCUGCUGCUGAGCCAUCCUCCUUGGUGGUGAAGGAAGGCAAGCAGAGAGGGGCGGAAAGAAAUGAUGACUGAGCCUUGGCUUUCCAACUAGGGGAACCUAGUCAAUGUGAAAUAGUCACCUAAAGAAUAGGUUAAUACAAAAAGACACAGUAAUAGCUUCAUUUAAGACAUUAAUAAGAAAUGUCACCUCUUGAUUAGCCUUUCUAUUCCUCACAGCAUUUGACUCAUCUGUAUACUUUACUCCUGCCACCUCUCUCCUUCACCAACCUUUUCUAGGAAAGGCCUCAGAGUUCAUCUUCCACAAGCCAUCUUUAGCAUAGAGAGUGGGGCAGGGCUUGUUCCUCUGAAGUUAGACCCUGGCCCAGCCACAUGUGACACUCAGUUGUGGUAGGAAGCUGGGAAGGAAAAAGCUAAAGACAUCUAACAUUUGUCUUCAGAUAAUGUUACUAGAGAUAGGAAACGCCAUGUUUAUGUGGAGACUCAGUCUCUUUUCACUUAGCCUAGUCAUAGUUUCUGUGUGCUCUGCUCAGGAAAUCCUGUAAAAUGCAAAGGGUACAAUAGGUUUGCUUGAGGGACUGAGCAUCAGGCUGAGCUCUUGGCUUCCUUCCUAAGAGGAUAAAGGGUAGGUCAAGCUUCACAAGGUGGGGAAAGACAAACUCAACACUGGGAGAGGAGAAUCUCCAUCAUGCCCUGUUGAUGCUACCGUUGAAAUAGGUUUUUGUCAAACACCGCAUAUUCUCACUCAUAGGUGGGAACUGAACAAUGAGAACACAUGGACACAGGAAGGGGAACAUCACACUCUGGGGACUGUUGGGGGGUGGGGGGAGGGGGGAGGGAUAGCUUUAGGAGAUAUACCUAAUGCUAAAUGACGAGUUAAUGGGUGCAGCCACACCAGCAUGGCACAUGUAUACAUAUGUAACUAACCUGCACAUUGUGCACAUGUACCCUAAAACUUAAA